CCAGGCAGGUGUGUGGCGUAUCUAGAACCGCGGAAACCGUGGAAAAGUCUAGCAGGAACAAGGCGGUUGUCUAGGCGUUCGCCUGUCGUAAAGCUUUCAAGGCUGCUGAAUCGGACUUGGCCGAAUCAUUUCCUGUUUUCUAGCGUGACGUGCCUCUGCACCGCAACCCACGUCAAGAGCUGUCUUUAAUGGCUUCAGUCUACAUCCCGGCUUUCAGGUCUGCACGCAAGAUACUGCGAAUUCAGCAUACCUGUUAUUGCAAGUCAGCCAGAUAUGUUUCGUUCAACAAAACAUUCAAGUUCGAGGACAUGGAGAUGGAGCUGGCUACGCCGGACCAGCUGAAGCCAAAGCCGCCGGUCAGCAGCCUGGUGUUCGGCAAGCACUUCACCGACCACAUGCUGACGAUCGACUGGAGCGCGGCCGAGGGCUGGGCGCGACCCCGCAUCACCCGCAUCCAGCCGCUGCCCAUUCACCCGGCCGCCAAGGUCCUCCACUACGCUCUCGAGCUGUUUGAGGGGAUGAAGGCGUACCGGUGCGAGGACGGUCGCAUCCGUCUGUUCCGACCCGACCUCAACAUGGAGCGCAUGAACAACACGGCCAGCCGCGUCGUGCUGCCCAACUUCGACGGCCAGGAGCUGAUCAGCUGCAUCAAGCGCCUGGUUGCGAUCGACCAGGAGUGGGUGCCGCACUCCACGGCUUCCAGUCUCUACAUCCGCCCGACGCUCAUUGGCACGGAGCCGACGCUGGGCGUGUCGGCGUCCAACAACGCCAUCCUGUACGUCAUCCUGGGCCCGGUGGGGCCGUACUUCGCGUCCGGCUUCAAGCCGGUCUCGCUGCUGGCCGACCCGUCCUACAUCCGCGCCUGGCGCGGCGGCUGCGGCUACGCCAAGAUGGGCGCCAACUACGCGCCCACUGUCAUGGUGCAGAAAGUGGCCGAGAAGGAGGGGCUGCAGCAGGUCAUGUGGCUGUACGGCGAAGACCACCAGAUCACCGAGGUGGGCACUAUGAACAUCUUCUGCUUCCUGCUGAACGAGUCGGGCGAGCGGGAGCUGGUGACGCCGCCGCUGGACGGCAUCAUCCUGCCGGGCGUGACGCGGCGCAGCAUCCUGGACCUGGCGCGCCUGUGGGGAGAGUUCGCCGUCUCCGAGCGUCGGCUCACCAUGGCCGAGUUCACGCGCGCCGCCGCCGAAGGACGGGUGCUGGAGAUGUUCGGCGCCGGUACUGCGUGCAUCGUGUGCCCGGUGGAACGGCUGCGCUACCUGGGCCAAGACAUCGACGUGCCCACACCCGAGGGCGAGGCGUCACUGACGCACCGCUUCCUCGCCGCCCUCUCGGACAUCCAGUACGGCCGCGUGGCGCACCCGUGGAGCGAGCCUAUCGACUGAGGCGCCGCGCCGCACAGGCGAGCAUCGGCUAGGCGAGGGCGGCAGCUAGCGGCUGUGAUGUGCUAUCUGUUCUGGUCAUUUUUAGAGAGCAGUUGUUGAGGAACGUGCAAUAUUCGGUAUGUGGCGGCCGGUGGCGGCGGACGGAUCGGUCCCGCCGAGUUGUGAACGGGUCAGGGCGUUGACGAGCGGCUGGGGCUUGGAGGCCAGGACGGGGACUUCAUGACAUUAUGGAUAGGUCAGGUGUCUCUUCCGCCGACUGAACAAAACGGAUGGCCAGCGUGUGAUCGGGCGGGCUGUCUGCCAUGCGGUGUUCGUUCUCCCGCGCCCCGCUGCGCCACGAGCCAGUCUUGUGCCAGGCGGGUCUGUGGGCAGCGCCGACGCGGCACGGCCGAUGGGUUUGUCGCCGGUCGCGAGGCGUCAUCUGGGACCGUCGGCCGGGGAAGGCGUGGCAAUAUAUUUGACUGUGAACACAGGCGCGCACGCGUCUUAAGAACAAAACUUCGUCAUGGCCCACCUGAUCUGUUUAUGUAUUCGAACUUUUUUGUAGAAUGUGCAGCUUUAGACAUGGCGUUGUGUAGUCCGUUAUUUUAUGAUAGUUUUUUUCUGUUUGGAGAGGGCUUCGCUACGGCCGAUAUUACGUGUCUUUGUCUAACGUUUACUUUGUAGUCCGCGAGCCUUAGUCUCCACUAACUAGCGCUAACUUAGAACGAAGACCAAUGGGUGGUUCUAACUCAUGUGUUGCACGCUGUCGUUUGUCAGCGAACGGCUCCGUGCAGUGUUGUGAACUGGCGCGCUGUCCCGCGGCUCUCGGACAACUAAGACCUCCGUUUAGCUGCCCGCUGUUUGUGAACCGAUGUACGGGUGUUGGCGUGCUGUAGCGCGUAGUCGACUUGGUUGUGGUUCAGUCGUCUCCUCCGUCCGAGCCGAUAGCAGCUGCUGAGCGUGCCGGCGGCUCCCUAUUGGUAACCAGACGUUCCAAGGGCGCGUACGUGCAGGACCGUACGUCCUCUCUCUGUAGAUGUCUAUUAAUACCUGCAGCGGUCUCGGACGGGCCGUCGCGCCCUAUAGCUGCAUGCUCCGUAAAAGACAUGUGUACGAACCGAAGAAUCGGGGUGUGAGUUUUGUUCAUAGAACGCCAAGCGGAGCAGCCAUUUCCAAAGCAGUGGCGAGUGUCAUGGGCUGUAGUUCCUGCAUGAACACGUCUCGUAGAGAUUAAUACAAUACUUCCUGACCGCCACAAGCGUUUCACGCGAAGAGGCAGCAUUCAGCGUCUUGCUUCCAAAAGGCAACGGUACCAGUCACACACGGUAUGUGAUCCGGCAUUAUAUGAAAUUACACGAUUGCUGUGGUAUGAUUUCGCGGUACCCUCUGAGCGCACUUUCAAGUGAAGCGCAUUGAGGAUGUCGUCUCGCACCGCGACCAUGAGCUUGCAUUUCGAAGACACCAGAGCGCCCGGUGACAUCGAGGCCGUUUUAGCUGGCAGCACGUGCCCACGGAAAGAAAGAUCUUGAGGUAUCCCAAUGGGCACUGGGCUCCCGCACGCCAUCCCACUAGCCGGACUAAGGCCGUCCAAAGGAGACCGGCAGGACAUCUUCGCAUCUCAUCUGGCG